AUGUCCGAAGAGUUGAACUUUUACUGUUUGGGCGGAGGAAACGAAGUCGGCCGCUCCUGCCACAUUGUCGAGUAUAAGGGAAAGGUGGUGAUGCUGGACGCGGGCGUUCACCCGGCGUUUUCUGGGGCAGAGUCGUUGCCCUUCUACGACGACUUCGACCUCUCCAAAGUAGACGUCUUGUUGAUUAGUCAUUUCCACCUCGACCACGCGGCCUCGCUGCCAUACGUGAUGCAGCACACAAACUUUAAAGGUAGAGUGUUCAUGACGUAUCCCACAAAGGCAAUCUAUAAAUGGCUGUUGAACGACUUUGUCAGAGUUACAAGCAUUGCCGACGACAACGACGAAAACUCGGCCAAUUUCCUCUACACCGACGAGGACCUCAACGAGUCGCUCGACAGAAUUGAAACCAUCGACUAUCAUUCCACCAUCGAGGUGGAGGGUAUCAGAUUUACCGCAUACCAUGCCGGCCAUGUGCUGGGAGCCGCAAUGUUCUUUGUCGAGCUCGGAGGCCUCAAGUUUCUCUUUACAGGUGAUUACUCGCGGGAAGAGGACAGACACUUGAGUUCGGCGGAGCUCCCUCCUUCGAGACCAGACCUGCUCAUCACAGAGUCUACUUUUGGAACUGCCACUCACGUCCCACGAGUCGAAAGAGAGGCCAAACUGACCCACGUUAUUCAUUCCACAAUCCAACAGGGAGGAAGAUGUCUAUUGCCAGUGUUCGCUCUGGGACGUGCUCAGGAAAUCUUAUUGAUCUUGGACGAAUACUGGGCUAACAAUCCAGAACUCCAACGGGUUCCGAUCUACUAUGCUUCCGACUUGGCAAAAAAAUGUAUGGCCGUCUACCAACGGUAUGUCAACAUGAUGAACGAUAGCAUCAGAAAGAAAUUCACAGAAACAAACCAAAAUCCAUUCCAUUUCAAAUACAUCAAAAACAUUACAAACAUUGAAAAAAUCAACGAUCUAGACUCGUCUGUUUUAAUUGCAUCUCCCGGAAUGCUUCAGAACGGUAUUUCGCGGAAAAUCCUCGAGAAAUGGUGUCCUGACCCACGCAACUCGUGUAUUCUGACUGGUUACUCCGUCGAAGGAACAAUGGCCAAGUCUCUUCUCACAGAACCUAGCGAAAUUCCUUCUAUAAUUAACCCGGAUGUGAUGAUUCCGCGGAAAAUCAACAUUGAGGAGAUCUCGUUUGCUGCACAUGUUGAUUACGAACAGAAUUCGAGCUUCAUUGAGCUGGUUAAUCCAAAGGCCAUUAUUUUGGUCCACGGUGAGACCAACCAGAUGGGAAGACUCAAGUCUGCUUUACUGUCCAAAUACCAAAAGUUCAAAAACACCGAAAACGAAGUCAAGGUCUACAAUCCGCGCAACAGUUCGAAGCUUUCCCUCACCUUUGAAGGUAUCAAGGUCGCCAAAGUGAUGGGCCAAUUGGCCGUCGAGCUGCCAAAAGAGCACGACAUUGUCAACGGAGUGCUUGUGCAAAAGAACUUUGAUCUGAGUCUUUUGAAGAUCGACGAUCUGAGAGAGUUUGCAGGUCUAACCACCACUGUGGUGAGACAAAGACAGUCGCUACGGUGUACUGCUACAAAGACAUUAAUCAAAUGGCAAUUGACCCAAAUGUUUGGUUACAUCAAAGAACUUGUUGACGACGAAGAGGAGUACGUUGCAGAGGUGAUGAACACGGUGAAAAUCACAUUGGAGAGCAAUCACUCGGUGGUGACUGUUGAAUGGAACUCUGGAAUGGUGGACGAUACAAUUGCGGAUUCUGUUCUUGCGAUCUUGAUGAGCUGCGAUUCCUCCCCAGCGUCGGUCAAGAUAUCAUCAAAACCCCACGACCACGAUCACGAUCACGAACAUGACAUUAAGGAGGAAGAAGAGCCUGAGGACGAGUUCUCUGCCGACGCUCGUCUCGACAAGAUCCUCAAGCUUCUGGGCGUGCAGUUUGGCGACUCGUUCCAAAGUAACAGAGAGGAGAACUGCGGAGUGGUCAAGAUCGGCAAGAACGAAGCCAAGAUCGACUACCAGACAUUUGAAGUGCAAUGUUCCUCGGGCGCAUUACGAGGAAGAAUAGAAGGAAUUCUGAACAGAUCUCUGGAUCUGGUGGCUCCGCUUUCAAAACGCAACUAA